GGAAUCUGCGCCAUACUUAUGACUGUGUUUCACGAGUAUGCAACACCAUCUAUCAUCAUGAAGCAUCAUCGUCACUCAUUAUCAAUCAUCAUCAUCAUCAUCAUUAAUCAAUCAUCGAUGAUGAUGAUGAUGAUGAUGAUGAUCAUCGUCAUCAAUCAUCAUGGUCCAUCAUCAUCGUCAUUAUCAUUGUCAAUCACGGAUGACAAGAAGAGUACGCGAAUGUCGGGAUUGUCAACCUGGAAAGUGGCGCAUUGCAAAGCCUUCUUGAGAAAGCAUGGGGACACUGUGGGCGGCAGAAAGGCAGACCUCCUGUUGAAAGUCGAGCAGAUCUGCAGGUUGGACUCUAGUAUCCUUCAGCAAAUCCCAAGCACGUGCUCCUCCAAGAAGAAUGCGAAAGAUGGCUCGGGUCAUGAACCGAUGUUUGUCGGUGUCACUUUGUCCAAAUGUGACCAUCCGGCAGCUACCGAUGCUUGUGACACGGAAAGUGUUUGCGGAGGGACAGUGAUGGAUGGAGAUGGCUGUAGCAGCGAGCAAGACGAGAAUGAAAGUGCUCCUGCAAAACCUGUCGAUCCUGAACCUUCUGUGAAACCUCUUCCAAAGAUCGAGGAAGUGAUGUUUGGAAAAGCCAUGAUGCUCAUUGAAGAUGGUCAAUAUGACAAGCUGAACUGCAAUUACUGCAAGGUUUACCUUAGGAAGUAUGGUCUGGGCGUAUCUGGAAGGAAGAGUGAGCUCAUAACUCGCAUUCAAGAACACAGAGCGUUGUCCUGUCCCAAGCUUUCUGGGAAGCAGCAUCCACCUUCAUCAGUCAACCGGGCCUGCAGAGCGGGAGGAGGAGCGGGAGGAGCGGGAGGAGGGUUGAGAAAAGGAGCGGGAAAAGGAGGAGUGGGAGGAGGAGCAGGAGGAGGAGCGGGAGAAGGAGCGGGAGGGGAAACGGGAAGGGGCGGAGGAGCCGCGGGAGGAGGAGCGGGAGAAGGAGGAGCGGCAGGGGAAACGGGGAGGGGGUUAGGAGCGAGAGAAGGAGCAUGUGAGGAAACGGGAAGGGGCGGAGGAGGAGCAGGAGGAGGGGGGAGCAGGAGGGGGAGGAGGAGGAGGAGGAGGAGGAGGAGGAGGAGGAGGACUGGGCGGAGCGGGAGAAGGAGCGGGAGGAGGACUGGGAGAAGGAGCGGGGAAGGAGCUAUGGCACGGGAAGAGGAGCGGAAGAAGGAGGGGGAGGAGCAACGGGGGGAGGAGCAGGAGAAGCAGCGGGAGAAGGAGCAGGAGGAGUGGGAGGAGCAGCAAGAGGGGGAGCAGGAGGAGAGGGAGGAGAGGGAGAAGGAGAGGGAGGAGGAGCGGGAGAAGGAGCGGGAGCGGGACUAUGGCGGGAUCUUUGUCACGUUGUUUGGCGGAGGAGGAGCGGCAGGAGGAGGAGGAGUGGGAGGACCGGGAGAAGGGACGGGAGGAGGAGUGGGAGAAGGAGCGGGAGAAGGAGUGCGAGGGGAAACGGGAAGGGGCGGAGGAGGUGCGGGUGGAGGAGCGGGAGGAGGAGUGGGAGGAGGAGGGGCAGGGAAAACGGGGAGGCAGUUAGGAGCGGGACGAGCGCAAGGGGGAACGGGAACGGGCAGAGGAAGCGCUGGAGGAGGAGCGGGAGAAGCAUUGAUUGAUUGAUUGAUUGAUUUAUUGAUUGAUCGAUCCGAAAAAAAAAAAAAAAAAGAUCGCCCCGUUCGCCUUUUUUGUUUUUGUUUUUCAAUCAAUCAAAUCAACCACG